AUGGACACAGAGGCAGUCGAACUCGGAAAGGAUUUUCAGCACCAUAGAAUCGCUCCAGACACACAAGGCAUGAUUGACUUCAAUGCCUUUGAGUUCUUACUUCGACUCCAUCCAAGUGCUGACAUCCUUUAUGUUCAUAGGCCUAACUCAUGCAACCCAAAUUAUGACCACUGCAAGACUAAUGGUGAACUCUCAAAUAUAAGUCCCAUCACGACUUCACUCUCCCGUCAUAACAAGACAAGAUUGUCUAAAAGCAAAGACAACAUUCCGAGUAUACGAGAUAGAGAGGCCAGGAUCUGA